GCUCGCUCUCUCUCCCUCUCUCUCCCUCUGUCUCCUCCUCCUCCGCCGGUGUGAACCGCCUGCUGCAGCCGCCGGUGCAUCGCUGCAUCCCGGGUAAAUUGACUAGGUCGGACCGGGUUUGCGGGGAGCAGUUCUGUGCGGGGUCCUGCGGUUCCGGUUCAGUCCGACGGCAGCAGGGAGGAGCAGAGGAAGAAGAGAAAAGAAAGGAAAAGACUCCAUAGCAACAAACCGGUUUCACGGCGUUAUCGGGAUUAAGGGAUGUUAAAGUAUUAUUAAGGAUUAUCGGGACGGGACCACAGCUGGACUGCAGGAACUCAUCAUGACCGUUCCAGGUCGGGUCGGGUCAAUCCUGUACCUUCAGUAAUUUUUAAUCAGUUUGAACCGUUUCUGGAUUGUGUCCAUUCACAGUCAUCACAGAGAUAAUUUCAUGAUAUCACUUCCGUUGUGUGUGAAAUUAAGUUUCAGGAGUGCACAAUUUGAUAUGACCUAGGAACAAGUAAGGUCAAAUUUGGGUAAACCUUUUGGGUGUAUCCCAUUUCUGCAACUGUUCUUCGUACAGACCAACUGGACCAAGCGUCUUCACAAGUCUGUAUGUAGGACAAUAUUGGAAUCACAGUUGGACUUCAAAGGCUAGCAGUUUUAUAAAAGGACUGCUGGUUCUACACCAAUCUCUGGUUUGGGGGAAGGACUCCCAAUAGACAAGCCAGAAACCAAGGACAAAUAAAAAAUUUUUACCGUUGGAAGAUGAAUCUUAUGUAGCAGAUACUCUUGGAUUAAACUUCUGGACCGGUCUUUACCAUGUCUCUGAGCAAGACCCUCGAGCUGGAGCACUUUGAUGAACGGAACAAGAUCCGCCGCGGACGCUCCACCCGGCCCAAGAGAGAUGACUCGACAGGCAGUGGCGGAGGUUCAGGUCCCAGCUCCAGGGGUAGUAGUCUGGUUCCAAGCCCCGCCCACAGCGCCAACUGCAGCUACUACCGGACCCGAACGCUGCAGGCGCUCACCUCGGAGAAACGGGCCAAAAAGGUCAGAUUCUACCGCAACGGAGACCGGUACUUCAAGGGUCUGGUGUAUGCCAUUUCCAGUGACCGCUUUCGCUCCUACGAUGCGCUGCUGAUGGAGCUGACGCGCUCGUUGGCUGAUAAUCUUCAUUUGCCGCAAGGAGUGCGCACAAUCUACACCAUAGAUGGCAGCAAAAGGAUCAGCACUAUGGACGAACUGGUGGAAGGCGAGUGUUACGUCUGUGCGUCUAACGAACCGUACCGCAAGGUCGACUACACUAAGAUCUCCGUUCCGAGCUGGAAGCCCGGAGCCGGAGCCGGGGCCGGUGCGGCGAGCUCCACCCGCUCCACCCGCUCCACCACCACAGUGUCCACCGGGGUGUCGGCGGGCAGCGGCGGCACCGCAAGUGUCAGCAGCGGAGGGGGCACCGGCGGCUCCAGGGAUCGUCCCGAAAGCCGCGAGGGCAGAGAGAGCAAGGACUUCAUCAAGCCCAAGCUGGUGACGGUGAUUCGCAGCGGCGUGAAGCCACGCAAGGCGGUGAGGAUCCUGCUGAACAAGAAGACGGCGCACUCCUUCGAGCAGGUGCUCGCCGACAUCACCGAGGCCAUCAAGCUGGACUCCGGCGCCGUGAAGCGGUUGUACACGCUGGACGGAAAACAGUUGACUUGUCUGCAGGAUUUCUUUGGCGAUGACGACGUGUUCAUGGCGUGCGGCCCGGAGAAGUUCCGUUACGCUCAGGACGACUUUGUGCUCACACACACUAACAAAACACAGGCUUUUGUCAGCGAGUGUCGGGCUAAAUCUCGCUCUGCUGCUCCACCCAUGAAAACUACACCUCCCAAGAUUCCGAGCGGUUCUGGUUUCUGCUCCUCAAAGACGCCGCCUAAAGGCCCGACCAGGACAAAGUCUCCUGGUCCAGCCAAUGAGGCGUCAGGAUCACAGUCAGGUGGGAAGUCCACCAGGUCAAGCCCCUCCCCCACCAGCCCUGGGAGCCGACGCAGCCUCAAGAUUUCUCCUCGCAGGACAUCGUCCACUGACGUGAACGGAGACGCCGAGCAGCUGGACGAGGACACCACUGUCGAAGUUAACGGAAAUCGAUCGGUCUCGUCUUCCAUCAUCAACGACAAGUACAAAGUCGGGAAAGUGAUCGGAGACGGAAACUUUGCGGUGGUGAAGGAGUGCGUGGAGAGGUCGACGGGUCAAGAGUUUGCACUGAAGAUCAUCGACAAAGCUCGGUGCUGUGGGAAGGAGCACCUGAUAGAGAACGAGGUGGCCGUGCUGCGGCGAGUCCGACACCCGAGCAUCAUCCAGCUCAUCGAGGUGGACGACACGCCCACUCAGCUCUUCCUGGUUAUGGAGCUUGUCAAGGGCGGCGACCUCUUUGACGCCAUCACCUCGUCCACCAAGUACAGCGAGCGCGACGCCAGUGCCAUGAUCUUCAACCUGGCCGGAGCCGUGAAGUAUCUGCACCGCAUGAACAUCGUCCACCGAGACAUCAAACCAGAGAACCUGCUGGUGUGUGAAUAUCCAGACGGCACAAAGUCUCUGAAGUUGGGUGAUUUUGGUUUGGCGACGGUGGUGGAGGGGCCGCUCUACACGGUUUGUGGCACGCCCACGUACGUCGCCCCGGAGAUUAUCGCAGAGACCGGCUACGGUCUGAAGGUAGACAUCUGGGCCGCGGGAGUGAUCGCCUACAUCCUGCUGUGUGGAUUCCCUCCUUUCAGAAGUGAGAACAAUGUGCAGGAGGAGCUUUUCGACCAGAUCCUCAGAGGGAAGCUGGAGUUUCCAUCUCCAGACUGGGACGCCGUCAGUCUGCCUGCUAAGAUGCUGAUUAGUCAGAUGCUGCAGGUGAAUGUGGACGCUCGUUUCACCGCAGAGGAGGUCCUGUCACAUCCCUGGGUGACGGAUGAAGCUCCCGUUGACUCCACCACUGUGAGCAACACUGAAGACCAGAGCAGUGCAGAGGCACUGGAACCAGAACACGACGACUCACCGAUACUGGAGACCAAACAAGUUCCCUCACCUCUGGUCUGAAACGCCACCCCCCGCCCUUCCCCCCUUUACUUAAAACAACACAAUUCAUAACUCACCGAUACUGGAGACCAAACCAGUUCCCUCACCUCCGGUUUGAAACACAGUCCCCUUCCUCAUCUGGAAACUGGAUACAAUGCAAUUAAUUUUACCUGCAAACCAAGAAAGUUCAAUCAAAACAUCCUGUUUUCAUCUUUUGGAAACAAAAAUGACCAUGAGGUCCAAGACAGAACAUGGACAACUGGAAACCAACAAAGUUCUCUGAAAUCUGAUCUAAAAGACACCAGAAACAAGAAUUUUCUCCAUGAUUUUUUUGACCAUUAAAACAACUCCCACGGUCUUCUUCUGAAAACCUUCUUCUUCUAAGGACCCAACCCGUUUCUACGUUUUUGAUCAAGAACAUGUCCGUUCAAAUCUGCCAGACAACGCACCACUGUCACUCCUUUGUUUAGAAUAUGUUCACUCCACUGAAAACUGAGCAAGGUUCCUCAAAUCUGGUCCAACAUUCUGGUCUACAACAAUCCUGUCUUAACCAAUGGAAAACAAACUUAGUUUGAAAGGACAGCCUCACCUUCUAAGUUCCUGUUUUUUCCCUUUAAUGAAUUUGGGUUCAUGAAACCCAUUUUAUGAAACAAGUUCUAUCACCCAUCAUCAAGAAUUUCUAGAAUUUCUAUUGUAUUGGUUCUACUCAACAUCAAAUUGGGCUCCCACUCUGGUCUGGAACAGGUCACACUUUGUUUUAACGGAAACCAAAUAGGUUCCCCUUAAAUCUGUUCCAGAGAACCUUCAGUAUCUUUAACUAGCAACCAUGAAAUCUCCGACACCUCCCGUCCAGUUUCAUCUCAUUUUCUCGAUUUACUGGAAACCAAACACGUUAUCUGGCCUCCAGUCCAGAACCUUUUUAGUAGCUUCCUUGGUUUCCAAAGAAAAAUCCACUUUACCUUCUGAAAACUGGCCAGAUCUCAUCACCAUGCUGUUUGCAGAAGAAAACAACUCAAGUUCCUCUAGUGUUAUUGGUUGGAAACUGUCCUCAGCUCUGGUCUGGAAUCAAGCACUUAAUCUAUCCAAGACUUUGACUAGUUCAAUCUCUGCUGCUGUACCGUGAAGUAGUUACUUCAAUUAGGACUCUACCAAAUGUCUGUUGUGCUUUUGCGAGACACGAAAUUAAGUCUCAUCACCACUGAAUAGAGGACGUUUAACCACAUCAACACUGGAACACCAUGAAGGUGCUAAUGGACUGGUUCACCACCCAGAGAUUCAUGGGCCGUCAUCAAAUAGAACUUUCCAAACCUCUGAUCGGAAUGACUCAAAAAGGUCUGGAGACCAUUUUCAUGUGGUUUAACACAGGUGAUUCAGUUACAGGACACUCCCUCUGGUUCAGGGAUUGGAUUCUUGGUAGUCCCUGCCUCUCUGAAACCAGGAUUGUCUUCCAUUUAUUCUGGGAAACGUCCUAUUUCUCCUGCCUUCACCUUCCUGCUCUCCUCCUACUGCCUGAAGGAUGUUUCAUCUUCUUCUUCUUCUUCUUCUUGGCGUCCACUAAUAGGAGGAGACGUUCAAUUACUGUGCCUGUUUACGCUGCUGAUAAACUCCUCCCCCUCAUGUCCGAAAUCUCUGCGCUCCUCAGAACCUAGAACGUCUCAUUUACUGUCCACAUUCAAGAGGCUCGUUGUUUUGUCUAUGUCAGUAUGAAAUUUGGGCGGUAUUAUGGAGACAGGAAGAGAUUAGUUUAGCUAAUCCCCUAAAAAACAAUGUGUAACGAUAGCGUAGUCGGACAUUCUGUCCCUGAAAUUGAAAUUGCAUAAUUUGCUUGCUAUAGUUAACAAUUUUUUAUCGCAUCUUGGCUCCUGGGAUCUUCCCAUACAUAUUUUGUUUUAUUUACUUAAAUCUGGAUAAAUACAAAAAGCAACAAAUUAACAUUUGGAAAAAAACAACAAGCCUUCUUGACAGAAAAGGCUUCAACGUGGGUUCUAAAUUUAACAGAAAGACGGCCAAAACGUGUCAUUUUCCAUCUGCAGUAUGAAUGAGCUAACUACAACCUGCAGCGUAUGGAGGAGAAACACACUGUAUAUACUGUAAAUAUAAUUGUCUGUUGUUGUCCGUCUGUGUCAGUCAGUUGUGAUGUCCGAAAAAUAGUAGCAGAAAACAAAAAAACACAAAAGAAAUAAAUCUCAUCGUAGACACUAUGAGUUAGCACAAAAAAACGAAACCUAGUUUUUCCCCUAAAAAAACCACCAUUAAAUCUUAAAUUGAAAAAAAUAUAUUCCAUGUUGCUAUGGAGAUAUUUUCACACGGCUAGCUAUCAAUUCAAAUAUAUAUUU